UCCGAAUUCUAGUAUAACUCAGCCUUAGGCAGUGAUUUUCUUUCUCCUUGUUGUAAUCAAUCGCAACUAUAUAUAUGGAACCUGUAUAACUUAACAUCGACGAUCAAAAACCAGCAAAAUACCCGGCAUCACCAGCCGACGCAGAUUGAAAGCACCCCUAUCGAUGGAGAAGGAAGAGCAGCAGCAAAAACAACACGCAUCGCCAUGCAUGCAGAAAAGGAGGAUUAAAAGGAAUACAAAGCCUGAGCUGCCUGAAGAUUUAAUACAUAACGAGAUCUUGACUAGACUCCCAGCUAAAUAUCUUGUGCGAGUCAGCUUAGUUUGUAAAUCCUGGAGAUCUCUCAUCUCUAACUCUAAAUUCGUUAACUCGCACCUUACUCGUCUACUCUCCUGCAACUACGACAAGGACGAAGACCUAAUGAUAUAUAAGAAAGAUACUACAGAUCAUGGAAUAUUCAUUCUGUCCAAUUCCGAUGAAAUUCACCCCCGUGCAGUGUCCAGAAUUUGUGACAGAUUGGUUGGUUCCAUCAAUGGUUUAGUUUGCAUGUCUUCCAGAUACGGAGAAAAGUUCUGUCUCUGGAACCCUGCUACCGCGCAAUUGGUGGAAGUGUAUCUUCCAUUACAGCAUUCUAAGAAUUGCAGACACGUUCUUGGAGGAUUUACUUGGGAUGAUCUGCAGAAUGAUUAUAAGGUGAUGGUGCUGUGCCAUGAAAUUUCAAACGAGUCGUCGAGGAAAAUCUGUAUUUACUCAUCUAGUUCUGCUAGUUGGACUGAAGUGGAUGUCAUUGAUCAUUUUAUGUGGCCUGAUGGACCUUUUAAUUUCCGUUUCACGGUUCCUAAUACCAUUGUGAAGGGAAUCCCUUACUAUUUGCGUCAAGGUGAACUCACCGUGUACAAGUUUGAUGUUAACAAGUUUAUAUAUUUGCCUCCUUUAGAUUCGAACAAAAUUCGCGAUAAAGUGUUUACAAUUGUCAAUGUCAAAAAUUGUCUUGUUGGUAUGGCGAGGAACUAUCAAGAUAAUUCGGUGGAUAUCUAUUCUUUGGACGACGAAUCUCCCGGUGGUGCUUGGAGUAAGAUGUACACUACGGAACCUGUAAUUCUCCGAAGUUGUGUUCCAUCACAGUGUUAUAGAAACGGCGGUAAAAUUUUAAUUGCUAGCUAUGCCGUCCCACUGUCUGCCAUUAAUCGCAAAAUAAAAGAAACAACCGAGUUGGCUGAGUUUCACAGGGAUUAUCAUAGUUACAACAGAAUAUGUUUCAGUUAUACGCCUGGUUUGGUUUGUGUCCAAGGAAUGAAGUCGAUGCUGGAGUUUUUAAGAUGUAAAAAGUCACAUAGAUCAACUUUAAAAAUGUCUAGUCCAUUCUGUAACUGGUUCAGCAGCUACUCAGAUUGUCAAUAA